AGUUUGCAGACAUGCAGCGACGUGUUCUUUCCUUCCCAUGAACAGCGCACAGCUCGCUCACUUGCGGCAGUGCAACGCGCUGUCGAAACUCGGCAGUCUCCCGCAAGAAACCCUAGUCAACAUCCUGACAUUCAGCUCCAGAUGCGGCGCACAGGAUCUAGACAUCGUCCGUUGGACGCACGUGUGCAGCUUCAUCCGUGAAGUUGCACUCCGCCACCCCCAGCUAUGGUGCUAUCUUCCGUUCCGCGUCACCUCCGAAUUGCGCGUGUUGGCCAUGAUACUCUUCCGCUCGCAGAACGUGCCGCGAGACAUCGAGAUGAAGCUAGAAUCACCCCUCAGUAUGGACGGUACACACCUCGCGAUACUGACAGAGCUCCUGCGGGACGUAGGAAAGCUUCGCAGCCUUCACCUUGUAGCUAGCCCGACUUUGGUCUCGCGCUGCCUGAAGGAAAAUCACGCGCUCCAGCUCCGAUCCCUAUGCAUCUCGUUUUUGCGCGACAACGAUGGCACAGAGGCUCAAGAUUUACCUAUCAAUGGCGAACUGUUCGGUGGACAAACGCCCGUCCUGCGCGAACUGACGCUAGACAAAGGUGCUCUCCUCUGGAACUCAUCGAUCUUUGCAGGCCUCACUUCGCUGCGGAUCACUAAUGUUUGUGACCAAGAAAUGCCUACUCCUGACCAACUGUUGGAUACACUACGCAGUGCAACUAAACUCGAGAAACUCCAACUUUCUGGCCGUCUGGCGGGGGUGCCUUUUGAACCUAGCAUGGUGGCCCCCCCUGACGACCGUCUCGUAACACUCUCAUCUUUGCAAAAGCUUGAGCUCCGACAGAUGGACUUCAAGACAUAUGGUUUUAUCAUCGGCCACCUCGAUUUCCCCUUUUCCACCCGCGUAAGCGUCCUAGAAAUCUCAGGCUCGUGGCGCGCAAGAUACGGACUCACUAAAAGUCCAAUCCUACCAUCCAAGCUGUUCACAGAACCAAUACAUCCUUCGACCCCAUCUCGCACUCUUGUUCUCAAAAAGAACACUUCAGCAUUUGGCAUCACUUCGUACAGAUGCGCAUUGGAGGGCCCAGAGUGGUACAACUUCCGCCCUUCCGCACACCAUCCGCACGUAGAAGCAAGCUUCUCAUGCACCGGCAUGGACACGUUCGACCACGCCCCCCUCGUCUACAACAUCCCCAUGUCGGACGUCCACACCCUCAAAAUCAUCGGCACCUUCCCACAGGAAUACGUCUUCUGGCGCAACGUCUUCACGCACGCACCCCACGUCCGCCGCCUCUUCGUCGGCGCCGACCUCGGCCCCACCGGCAGCCUCAGCUUCCUCCUGUGGGCGCUCAUGCCCUCCUGCCUCUCCGGGAACGCCGAGCCGCCGCUCCUCCCGCACCUCGCGGAGCUCCAUAUAUCGCUGUACGACAGGGGCCACAUGAAGGGCGUGUCCUCCGACAUAUUCAGGACGGUGCUCAACGCGCGCGCGAGCGCGGGCUCGGAGAUCACGAGCUUCACGAUGAAGCUCUCACGUCACAUUUCGCUCUUCUUUCUCACGACAUUUGCCGGUGCCACGAUGGUGGUUGACAAGAAGGAUUUGGUGAUUCCUGGGUAUGAGGAUGUGGACGAGGAAACGAAUUGGACGGGCAGCGACGCUAGCGAGUCGGGUGAUGGCGAAGCAGGUAGAGGACCCGGUAGCCAGUCGUAGCAAGCGAGAACAUUUUAGGGUCUCUCUAUGUACGACAUCUUUUAUCGCCAGAAGUUCCUUCUCAUAUCAUAGAUUGCGCCAUGACCCAUGCUGAAGUAUUGACACCAUUUUUACAUAGUCAAGAAAAUCAGCUACCAACAAUUUCAUUAGGAAUACAGUAUCACCCC